GCGAGUAACGGUAUAUAAGCCGCAGCCGUGCCUCGACUGGGGAUCCACUCUCACCUCACAGCAUCCACGACCCGGCAUUCCACUCGAGGCAAAAUGAAGUCAGCCUUUGUUUUUCUUGCUCUGCUGGGCAUUGCCCUGGGCGUGGAUGACCUUGGCGCCCUUAGACAGACCGGAGGAUCAACGUUCACCCUUGGCGGUGGACAGGGCCGCGGUUUCAGGUCUGGCUCCUCGGGCGGUGGGUCUUUCAGAAGCAGUUUCAGCUCCUCCAGCAGCGGUGGUGGCUCUCUCGGCGGCGGCUCUCUCGGCGGCGGCUCUCUCGGCGGCGGCGGCGGCGGCGGCUCAUUCCGCAGCUUCCAAACCUCGGGCGGCGCAGGGGGCGGCCUCGGCGGUCAGGGAGCCGGGGAGACAGUGGUCACCACCGUCUCGGAGACCAGCCCUGUCGUGCUGACCGGCAUCGAUACCUUCACGACCCGGCGCGAGGGCGGCACCUUCGGCGGCGGCGACGGCGGUAGAUUCAUCGUCUCGGGCGGCGGCCAGACUGGCGGCGGCCGAGUCAUCACCACUAGGGAGGAGCAGACGACCGGCCUAGGCAGCGGCACCGGCGGUGGAUUCAUCAUCCAGAGGGGCGGCGGCCUGGGCGGCCAGACGGGCGGCGGCCGCAUCAUCACCACUACGGAGGAGCAGACGACCGGCCUAGGCAGCGGCACCGGCCGUAGAUUCAUCGUCCAGGGAGGCGGCAGCCAGGGCGGCCAGCAGAGCGGCUUCAGCGUCAGGACCACCGGCACCGGCGGCAACUUUGGUAGGGGCGCGAUCGGCGGUGGCACCAUCACCGGCACGCAGCGCUUCACCAGCGGCGGUGGCACCGGCCGCUUCACCAGCGGCGGCGGCACCGGCCGCUUCACCAGCGGCGGAGGCACCUUCACCAGCGGGCAGUUCGGCACAGGAAGCGGAGCCAUCAGGGGAACGCUGGAAGAUGGCGCCACCGACGCGCCGGAAUUCUUCACGACGACGCGCUACGGCCCGAUCAGCAGUGGCGGUCUGAGGGGAUCCGGCGAUCGCAGUGCCACGCUGACGUUCUCGAGGACCGGCUCCGCGACGGGAUCGCUGUUCAGCCGCGACAACGCCGACGCCACCGAGAACGCCAAGAAGAGCAGAGGCUAUGAGUACAGAUACAGAGAGGGACAUGAGUACACUCAGCCCAGGACUCUGUACAACUACGAUAUCGAAGAGCCAAUCUGGGGAUUCAAUGAUCAAGACACUGUCUACACUGGCGAGUAGACAGAUCCUCGUUUCAAGACCCUUACAAGUACUGAUGCUGGAGAUAUGACUGGAUGAUCAAUCUAGACUGAGAACGUAGCUAGGAGAUAUACCCAACUAACAAUCAUAACACAAUUUUGUGUAAUUAUUUUCAAUGUGGCCUUGUGGAAGACACAGUUGCUUGCUGUGAUUUGAGUGUUCGUGUAUCUGUCGUUGUGAGUAUGUAGCUGUAUGUUCUGUAUAUUUCUUGAAAGAGAACCAUUGAAUUACAACUGA